CUUAUUAUCUCCAAAUCAUCAAUGGCGGCCAUGGCUGCAAACUUGAUGUUCUUCCUCUUAACAAUGGCAAUUUUGAUUUCUGUCAUUUUCUCUGCCUCUGUCAUUGAAGAUCUCAACACUUUACACCCACCUCCAGAUUUCAACUCCACAAUUUCCAACAACUGUCUCUCCAACCCUUCUCUUCGCUACUGCUCUUCUUCUCCAAUGAAUCUCAUUGAGAUCUUCAAGUCCUCCAUUGUUGCUAGCCAUCUCUGCAACGAAUCCCGAAACCCCAAUUGCGUCGAGUCGUUUCCGAAAAUCAAUCUCCGCAGCCGCCCGAUGAUUGCUCCUCUGUAUUUGUCGUUUCACUUCUUCUGGAAGUACUGCCCUUUGAGCAUUCUCUCGAUUGAUUUGUCGAACAAUUCUUUGAAGGGUGGUUUCCCUGUUGAUGUUUUGGAAUGUAAACAGAUUCAGGCUCUUGAUCUUAGCCGGAAUGAUCUCGAUGGCGAAGUCCCGUUUCGGAUCUUCUCCGAUCUUGCUAAUCUGACUGUUUUGAACCUAUCUUACAAUCAGUUCUCUGAGAGUAGGAUCUCUGAUUCUGGAUUGAUUUUUAAACGGUUUAAUUCGUCGAGUUUUAUAAGUUCUGGUCUUCUCCCAAAUCAUAGGAAGCAUAAAAUGAAGGUUGUGAUCCUGUUGAUUGGGUUUCCCAUUCUUGUGAUUCUGAUGGUGUGGUUCUUGGCUUGGCUUUGCUUCCACAGGCCUGAUUUCUUGCCAAGGAUAUUGAGGAGGAAGCACAAGUUUACACCGGCAAUGCUCGUGGCCGCGACCGAUGGGUUUUCAGAGAAAAAUUUGAUGGUGAAGUGUGAGGGAGUCGAUAUUUACAGUGGGGUUCUAAGAGAUGGGAUUGAAGUGAGGGUAGAAAUGUACAGGAAUGGCAUUGCAAGGAAAAGUAAGAAAGAGUUCAUUGAAGAAUGCAAAACCUUAACCCAAUUGUCCCACAAAAACUUGGUGAAAGUACUGGGCUGGUGUGCUAACCGACAAAUGAGAGCCAUUGUUAUCGAGUGGUCCAAGGAGGAGAGUGUCGAUAUGUGGUUGUCGAGGUUGCCUCCGCCAUGGAAACACAGGAUGAAAGUAGCCAAGGGAGUGGUGGAAGGCAUGGUGUAUCUGGAGGAGGAAUGGCCUUCUGUUGAUUAUGAUCUCAGGACAAGCAGUCUCUUGUUGUCCAGAAAGCUUGUUCCACUGAUUUCAAGGUUCAAAUUGGGUCAUCAAAAUUGCAGCUCAAAUAUCUACAAGUUUGGUGUGUUCUUGCUCGAAAUGAUAGUGAAUCAACAGCUGCGGGAUGAGAUAAAGCGAGGCGAAUCUGGUUCCAUUGGAUAUAUAAGAAUGCAGUUUCCCGAGAAUUUUCAGGCAGUGAUCAAUGAGGAUAUUGAACUACAAAGAGAAGGCAUGGUGAAUCAAGCUAAAAUGGCGCUGAACCUGGCAUUAAUGUGUACAGAUCAAUCAAGUGGGCAUCAGCUGAACUUGAAGUACAUAUUUGACACUGUAAAAAGAUUGUCAAGUAAUCACAAGAUGCAGGAAACUGAGAGAGGAAGGCAGAAAAGGAUUCUAUCAAGAUAGAAAGAAUGUUCAUCUGUGUUU